AUGAUACGAUUGAAAAAGGUAUCCUUGGUGAACGACAUCCGUAAAAAUCGUACUCCAUUGUAUUAUUGGUCGCUCGGUGCCGGUUUCAUUACUACAGCAUCUUUUAUUACAUUUGGUUACUUUUUCUAUUCAUAUCGGAUCAGGCAACGAACCCUAGAAGGAAUUAAAAAAGGUGAAAUCGAACGUAUCGUCAGUGCAGAAGGUUUAAAUAGACAAGAAUUAGAAAAAGCUAUUAACUUAUUACAAAAACAAAGUAUUCACGAACAUAUUCAACUUGAGAAUUACGAACGAUAUAAAAAGUUACGUGAAAAACGUCGUGAACAAGAAGAUGCACGUGUUAAUCAAGUUGUAACAUCAAUUCUAAAUAAAAGACAAAGAAAUAUUGUUGAACAGCAGCAAACAUUUAUUCGGCGAAAUACAGAUGAAACUAAAAAAAGAAAUAAUUAUCUUGUGGACAAAUUUACAACCAAAAAACGACCAAUUUCAUUGAAAGAAAACAUCGCAACACCAACAACAAAACAUAUUUCACCGAAAAAGAAAACUCCUAUAGUAAUUAUCGAUGAUGACGAUGACGACGAUUUCAUAACAGCUAAAAAACGUCCAAAAAUUAUCUAUGAACCAAAAGUAAAGCUUAUGGUAACAAAAACUGAUCCAAUAAAAGAAUGUCUUGAAUCAAUUAUAAUACAAAUAGAAAAUAAUGAUGUAAUAUGUCCUAUUUGUAAUCAAAUUUUAUCGAACUUAAGUACUAUGGAUCAACGUCAACAGCAUGUUAAUCGAUGCCUUGAAGAACCUAAAAUUAAUAAUAUUGAAACAAAACAGCAAAAAACUUUAUUAUCUUAUUCAACAUCUUCAUCUUCAUCUUCUAUCCGAAAAACAACAACGACAACAUCAUCAUUAAAUUUCAAAUGUCAAAUUUGUGGAAUGUCAUUUCAUGCAAAACAUACUUAUUUAUCGCAUCUUAAAAAAUGUUCAAAUCAAAAUAGCGUUCAAUUAAAACAUGUUAUUAAUUUUGCUUCUAAAGCUACAUCGAACAUCGAUGAAGCGAAAUCUAUCAUUACAACAACAACAACAAAAACAACAGGCACAAAUAUAAAAAAUCGAAUUAUUAAAAUGGAAAUACCAAGAACUGAAGAUGAUGAACAACAACAAUUAGCAAUUGCUCUUUCAGCUUCGAUUAAAUCUGCCUCAGAACCGCCUAAUGCUUUCGAUAUUCUUCAAGCUGCAUCAAAAAAAUCGAAAACUAUAGAUUUAUCAACAAAACCAUUGUGGAAUGUUUCAAUUGACGACAAACUAAAACUAUGUUCAACACGUAUUUCUUCUCUAUGUGAACGCCUUAUUACAAUAGAACCUUCAACAAAUUCAUACAGAUUUCCUUCCAGUCCUCUUCAAACUAUAUCCCGAAUAAACUUUGGUCAUGUCAAUUGGUGGAAUAUAACAACUACUGAUCCUCAGGAUGAUGAAAUCCCGAUGACACAACUAGCUCGAAUUCUCGACGAUACUGAUGAUACACAAAUGAUAUGA